AUGAGUCGCAUGCUGCUAUUGUUGCUGCUAGUCGGCUCCAGCUAUGCGGCCACACAUGUGAAUAUUACGAUAGCCCAGCAGCCAGUCACAAAUCCGGCCGAUGUCAGCUAUGUGGAGGGACGGGCGCCGGCCGAACUGCGAGCAGGUCCUUGGCGGGAAGGCGAGGAGCGUUUGGCACGCCUCAGACAGCCUGAUCAGAUGUCUGAAUCACAACAGCAGCAACAGCAAUCGCAGCAGCAACAGCUAUCGUCGCAGCAGCAGCAACAGUCACAGCAGCAGUUGACGCCACGUCAGGGUCUGGGUCUUCAGCCAUCCAAUAACAACAACAACAAUGUGCGUAUGUCUCGUCCCAAUAUGCGUCGCGUGCACAUGCGUCGACCCUCCACACAACAGCAGCAACAACAACUCUUGCCACCCAAUAAGGGACAAUUCCGUCAGCGCAGCCAACAGCGUCAGCAGAAUCAGGAAUUUGAACGCUACAUACAGUCUUAUCACAGCCACGGACCCACCGUUGAAACUGUCUAUGAAACUUCCAACCCCGCACCACAGCGUUACACGCAAUCGAGCAGUUCGUUCUCUUCGUCCUCGUCAUCAUCUUCGCCUUCUUCUGAAGACAGUAAGCCACAACGUCUUGUAUCAAUUGGCAAUCGAGCCAAGUUUACACAGACUUUUGAGCGUCAAGUGGCAUUACCAGCGGCCCAAAACAGUCAACCAAUAUCAAGUUCGAAUGUGGCGCAGAGCGCAAAUGUAGAGCAGGAUAUCAAACCAAUCUAUGAGCCACAGGUGCCCGUCCAAAGCGCUACAGUUUCUCCUUCGAUGAGCUCUGCAAAUGUUGGCGCUCUGCCUGCUACUGCUCCUCUGCCUAGCGACACACCAUCCAGCUUCGAUGCAGCCACUACCUAUAACAAGCCCGGCUACGAGCCAAGUAGCUACAACUAUGACGAUGGACAGGACUAUCAGGACCAGUAUCCACCGUCUGUGGAUGCCGACAGCUCAAAUUACGAUGACUAUGGGGAUCAACCGAGCUAUCAGGGAGGUUCGGGUUACUUGCCGCCACCAGCACAACGUGGCUAUUCACCCCCUCGUCCGCUGGUUACAAAAACCAUUCAAAUUGUGCAGCCAGCACUGAAGGCUAAGAAAUAUGAGGUGCGUCAUCCGGCCAUACAAAAAGAGUUCUACGACAUUGAGGAGCGUGUGGUCAUUAAGCCGGCGGGCACUUUGGUGGUAGAGCUAGAUCGGCCAGUGGCGAAAAUACCAAAGGGGGAGACGUUGUUGCCGCUGGGCCAUCCACAUCCUGCGGUUGCUAGUGCCUAUAAUACGAACACACAGAUCGGUAGCUACAACAAUAACAAUAAUGAGUAUCGACCAUUGUAUGAUGCGCCUUCAUCCAAGGAGCAAUCACAAACGAGCACCACUGUUGGUUCCGCAGUGACCACAAUGCCCGCUUACGAUCAGGUGACCAAAAACGAGUUCGUGGACUCACAGUUGCAGCAACAACAACCUGGCAGCUAUGCCGAUGAGACAGACUCUGGCCGAAAGUCCAAAGAGCAAAGUUUCCUAACCGCCAGCGAUGGCAAUGGUAAUCAGUAUCAAAUAAACACCAAAAACUUAACUCCCAAUAUGCUGAAGCGCCCGGAGGAGGCUGAGUACUCCAACUAUGAACGCCAGCCACUGCCGCCACGCAACUAUCAACGCAACUACAAUCGCCAGCCCUAUAACAAUGAAGAUUACUUCAGUGGCGAGUUUCUACCCAAUGCUAAUGCCGGCAAUGUAGACGCCAAGCCGGCGCGUCUGCAACAAGCAGCUGUUCAGGAGCAGCCCCGUCCGCAGAUCAUUAAGCACGAACACAAUAUCCGUUUGCCUCCUUCCCAACACAACAUCUACUUGGGACGCAGCCGGCAGGUGCCCAAGGAGCUGCGUAUUGGCAGCACAGCCACCUCCAGUGAGCAGGAAGUGCCCGCUCAGGUGGCAGAGGUACGUCCCUAUUUGCGCAAUCAUGUGGGAGGAACUGUGGUGUACGCCAAGGCAGCUGUACGUCCCGCAGUUGCCAAUAAUAUGCGAGGCUAUUUCCCCCCAUCCUCACGCUAUCGCAAUCCCUUAGCCGAGGAAUUGGAGUAUAGCGCACCCUAUGCCCGCAUGCGAUACGUUCCGGAAGAAUCGGGUAAGCUUGUCGAACUGCCAGCAGAUAAGAAAAUUGAGGAGUCAGAGAAGAGAACUACUGAAGAGUCGGGCAAGACACACAUUCAAAUCCAAAUACCUAAUCGUAAUGAGCAGGACAAGCCCAUUAUAGUGGCCUCGACAAUUAGUCCAGCAGUUGACAAGCCCGAUUGUGAUAAGCGGGAAUCGCAGGAGCAACAGGAACAAUUCCAGCGUCUGGUUGAAGUGUCAAAUUCUGUCCCUACCACACAAGCCACGCCUACGCCAGUAGCUCAGCAGUCCCCCAAAGUUGACGUCUCAGUCAAGAGCGCCGCUGGUCACAUGACGCCCAAUGAGCGCGUCAUUGCCGCCACACCUGCGCCCACAGAUGCAGCCGCCACUAGCGAAACCUUCCACAAGCGUCGCAUUGUCGUCAACCAUCCAUUCCAGACGGUGCGCGAGGUGGUGGAGCAUGAGCCCAUUACCAACUACCAUCAGAUACAGGUUAAUGAGCCGGCCACGCCUGCGCUGUAUCAUCAGGCCGCCUACUAUCAGCCACCAGUGCAAACCCAUGGAAAUCUGGUGCACUACCAAAGCACCUCCACACAUGGCAAUCUCUAUGCAGCCCCUGUGCCUCAUCUACACUACGGCUAG